UUACAGAUAGGCAAUUUAAGUUGAUCACUCUAUCUUUAGUUUAUACAGUUAUAUUUAUUUAGGUCUGAAGUUUUUGUAAAUGAAUAAUUAUAACAAUAGUCUACGUGUGAAAAAUUUGUGAUAUUUGAUGUUUAAUUUUAAUAACGUUUGCAAAUUCACGAAGUGUUAAUCACUGACAGCAGACAAGUAUCACGUAAAUCACUUUUCAUUUUUGGAUUUAACAAUAACGUAUGUAACGGCUAAGAAUGCCACUGUUUAUCCAAGACAGACCAAUGGGCGAGAGCCCCAAGUCGGUUGCAGAAUUCCUACAAAGAUUUCCACAUUUUAAGGAGGGUGCUGCAGCUUUAACUUCCAAGCAUACAAAAGAGGUUCCUCCUCAUGGAUUGCUUUAUGUUGGUCAGAGGGAAAUGGCUGUCAUCUCACCAGAUGAUGAGAGUAUACAGGUAUUAGGUACAGAUGAUGCCACCACAUGUCACAUUGUUAUACUUCGCCACACAGGUUCCAAUGUGACGGGAAUGAGUCAUUUCGAUGGUUCAGGAUUACAACAUGCUGUGCACCAACUUACAGAUAUAGUUAUCAAAGAAACUGGUCAAGGUCAAAUUCAGAAUGGAAGACUAGAGUUAACACUUGUUGGUGGAUUUAAAGAUGAAAGAAACAUGUCAGAAGAAUUGUCAGUGAAAAUAUUAGAUACCUUCAAUAAAUCACCAGCUCAUAUUCAUUUGGUUACUGCUUGCAUAACAGAUUUGAAUACAAGAGUUGAUAAAGGUGUUCCAUUUCCCAUCAUUUACGGAUUAGCUGUGAUAAUUCAGACUGGGGAAAUUUUUCCCGCCAAGUUUCAAGACAGAGGUCCAGAUCAACCCCUCAGAUCUGCGAGACAUUUUACAGGCUCAGAAGAUGUCAUCAAUAUUUAUGACAUAAGAAGGAGGCAGCUUGUCAUAGGACCAUUUAAUUACAGUUCCAUGGAUGAAAUAGAUCUUCUGUGUAGAUUACCUGAUCCCAUUAUAAGACAGCAUUUAUCAACAUCACCAGAACAAGAACCAAAACAUUUCGAAGCUUGUGUUCGUGCCGCCCUUGUUCAAAUCCGAGAUUUCCCGGAACCACUGAAGUCUGUGUUUAAAGGCAAAGGCAACCACUACAAGAAAGAACCAGAUGGAAAAUGGACCAAAGUUAAUUAAGAAAUGUUGUCAAGAUCUUGUAUAUAUAACCUUAUCAUGAGAUGUUUUUAUUUUUUCAUUUUUCGACAUUUUUGACAUUUUGAUUCAUUUUAUUAUAUAAGUUGCUUUUUUCUUUUGUUUCUUUUUACUUUGAAAGGAAAUUAUGUUGUUUUACACGUUGUAAAGACAUAUGCCUGUUAAAGGCUGAAAAAAUGAACUUGUUUUAGUUAGAAUCCUUAGAAGAGUGUGGCUUUGAUAGCUGUUCAAUUGAGUGUAGUUUUAGUCAAAUAUGAAAUUUCUAACACUGUAAAUUCAUUACCAAAUUUUAUGAAAUACUGAAUGCUUUAUUUUCAUAUAUUGUAGAAAUAUCAUCCUUAAUACCAAAUUGUUCGCUUUGAAAUUCAGUUGAUAUUAACACAAAUGUUUGUAUUAACAGAAAAGUUAGUAUAAACAGAAAUGUUAUUAUUUAAAGGUUUAUUUAAGGUUAUAUAACUAUGUUAGUUUAUUAAAGAUUUCAAAACCAAAGAAUUGUUAAAGAGUAUUUUGAUAUUUUAUCAAGUUGUUAAGUAUAAGUAUUUCCCUUUUUGACCUUUAGCCUGUUUGUGGCAGUUGAAUCGACCCAUGUGACCAGUGCAGACCAAGAUCAGGCCUUUCUGAUCAUGAUCAUGGUCUGCACUGUUCGCUAUUGAGUUAUUUUAAAACUUUCUUGUUUGGUCUAUAUUAACAGAUGGUCUGGUCCGUUUAUGAUAUUUAGCAAAGUAAGGGUUAAUGUUUACCACAGGCAAGUCUAUUGUUUUUGAUUUUGAUUA